GUGGUGCAACAAAUUAAAGUUAGAGAGAGAAAACACCCAAUACAAUUAUACAUAAAACACAUUUUCUUGGAGGCCAUGUUUUCUUUGUGAUCUCUCUCUAUAAGUUUGGCCUUUCAACUGCCCUCUUUUAUCCCAUUAUUAUUUCCUUCUCAUCUCAUGCUUGUGUGUGUGUGUGUGUGUGUGUGCAGACAGACAAUAUCCUCAGAGCUUAGUCUUAUCACUAAAUUAUGAGGAUCCGAAAGCGUUUGGCGCUGUGUGAUUCCAUCCCUACACAACCUCUCUCACUCUCAGAUCUCCACCUCCCACGAUCACAGCCGCCGUGUGAUCUCAAAACUGAAGAAAAAAUGAAACAAAAGGAGUUUGGAGAUGAUGAUCGUAUGAAUACUAGUAAUAAUGAUAUCAGGAAAAUAGUUAGCAUCGUCUGUCAUGGAGAAGAAGAUUCCAACACAAAUAUGCAGCCAUCAUCUUCUUCUCUUCAAGGUAGGUGUUGUGUUGAAAGCUAUAAAUUGGUGCCAUUAAAGAAGAGGAUAGGGAUUUUCGAGAGAAAUCCGAGCGAGGAAGGCGCGGCUGCAAAGAUGAAGUCGAAAAUGAACAAGAAAUAUGGCGAUGCUCGGAAAGAAAAAGGGAAGAAGAGCAAGAGGGGUAAUGUGAUCAUGGAAGGGUCUCGGUGCAGCCGCGUAAACGGGCGCGGGUGGCGGUGCUGCCAAGCCACGCUGGUGGGAUACUCCCUUUGUGAGCAUCACUUGGGGAAAGGGAGGUUGAGGAGCACGGUUGGUGUUGUCAAAGCUAGAUCCAUCAGCAGUUUGCUUCGCCAAAUUUGAUGCCUAUAAUGUGUAAUAGUAAUAUUAAGUUAAACCUAAUUAUUUAAUGUUGGAUCACUGUAUGUCUGCUAUUAUAUGAUUGGAACGUCUACUAAUUAUAAGGACGAGCUUGAAGUCGUGUUAGGUGGACACUUGAAUUUUUUUCAAGGCCAAAAUAAGAGGAAAUAACAAUGUAGGAGUAUUCAAUUUUAUA